GUGCCGUCAAUCUCAUCAGCCAAUCAAAGCAGGGAUAUUUCUUCCGUUGCUCUCAUUUGACCAAUUAGAUUGACGCAUCGUGAUGACGUAGGGAAACUAAGGUUGAGUGGUCUUUGUGUUCCUAAAUCGUGUAGUCACUCUGGGAAGCGAGGAGCAGUUCGUAUUAUCACAGACAUUUACAGAAGUUUACGGAUAGGAAGAAGUAGUUAAGAACACAGUCAAAAUGUCUAUUAUGUCCUAUAACGGGGGGGCCGUCAUGGCCAUGAGGGGGAAGAACUGUGUUGCCAUAGCAGCGGACCGGAGGUUCGGCAUCCAGGCCCAGAUGGUGACCACGGACUUCCAGAAGGUUUUCCCCAUGGGGGACCGGCUGUACAUCGGGCUGGCCGGGCUGGCCACUGAUGUCCAGACAGUAGCGCAGAGGCUGAAGUUCAGACUGAACCUGUACGAGCUGAAGGAGGGCCGGCAGAUCAAACCCAAAACCUUCAUGAGCAUGGUGUCCAACCUGCUGUACGAGCGCAGGUUCGGGCCCUACUACAUCGAGCCGGUGAUCGCGGGGCUGGACCCCAAAAACCUGGAGCCCUUCAUCUGCUCCCUGGACCUGAUCGGCUGCCCCAUGGUGACGGAGGACUUCGUGGUCAGCGGGACCUGCUCCGAACAGAUGUACGGCAUGUGCGAGUCCCUGUGGGAGCCGGACAUGGCGCCGGAGGACCUGUUUGAGACCAUCUCCCAGGCCAUGCUGAACGCCGUGGACCGGGACGCCGUGUCGGGAAUGGGCGUGGUCGUGCACGUCAUUGAGAAAGACAAGAUCACCACGCGGACCCUGAAGGCCAGGAUGGACUAGACCCGCCCGGACCCGGACCCGGCCCCCAGACCCACGUUUUGUAUAAAAAACCAUAAAACAAUG